AUGCGAAACCCUAGUGCUGAUAUGCUUUUACAAGAAUCUGAACUUGAUCUUGAUUUAAUAAAAAAGGCAAAAAUAUUUCAUUAUGGAUCCAUAAGUUUGAUUACAGAACCAUGCAAAUCGGCUCAUAUUGCUGCAACAAAAGUUGCAAAGGAUGCUGGUGUUCUUUUGUCUUAUGACCCCAAUCUUAGGCUUCCUUUAUGGCCAUCUGCAGAGAGUGCAAGAGAAGGAAUCUUGAGCAUUUGGGAUACUGCUGAUAUCAUCAAGAUAAGUGAAGAGGAGAUUGGUUUUUUGACAAAUGGAGAAGAUCCAUAUGAUGACAAUGUUGUACGAAAAUUAUACCAUAAAAACCUCAAGUUGCUACUUGUGACAGAAGGACCAGAUGGAUGCAGAUAUUACACCAAGGAGUUUAGUGGGAGAGUGAAGGGUAUGAAGGUGGAUCCUGUGGACACAACAGGUGCAGGGGAUGCUUUUGUGGCUGGAGUUUUAUCAAAACUUGCUGAAGAUUUGUCAGUGUUGCAAGAUGAGAAGAGGCUAAGAGAGGCUUUGAGUUUUGCAAAUGCUUGUGGUGCAAUUACUGUGACAGAGAGAGGGGCAAUUCCGGCAUUACCCACUAGAGAAGCUGUUAUGGAUGCUUUGCUCAAGGCUGUUGCGUAACUUUGCUUGCUAAUUGAGGUUGUAUAUUAGUUGCUUUUAAAAAGCAAAGCACCUUCUAUUUUUUCAAAAAGGCCAUUGUUAUGUAGCAAACUAAGUAAUUUUUAAUAAAAUGUAUGACGUGUCUAAAUUAAUAAAAUUUAUACUUGGCAAC